UCUCCGCUUGUGUGUCUCGCCGGCUGCGUGGCUCGGUUCUUGUGAGCGAAGCUUUGUCCGGUUCGGCAAUGGACGGAAUUGUCACUGAAGUUGCAGUUGGCGUGAAGAGAGGAUCUGACGAACUACUCUCAGGCAGUGUUCUCAGUAGUCCAAACUCUAACAUGAGCAGCAUGGUGGUUACAGCCAAUGGUAAUGAUAGUAAAAAAUUUAAAGGAGAAGAUAAAAUGGAUGGUGCUCCUUCUCGUGUACUUCAUAUUCGGAAAUUACCUGGUGAAGUGACAGAAACUGAAGUUAUUGCUUUAGGCUUACCUUUUGGUAAGGUGACCAACAUCCUUAUGCUGAAAGGAAAAAAUCAGGCAUUUUUGGAACUAGCAACAGAGGAAGCAGCUAUUACUAUGGUUAAUUACUAUUCUGCUGUGACACCUCACCUUCGUAACCAACCGAUUUAUAUUCAGUACUCCAAUCACAAAGAACUAAAAACAGAUAAUACAUUGAACCAACGUGCUCAAGCAGUUCUUCAAGCAGUGACAGCUGUCCAGACAGCAAAUACUCCUCUUAGUGGCACCACAGUUAGUGAGAGUGCAGUGACUCCAGCCCAGAGUCCAGUGCUUAGAAUAAUUAUUGACAAUAUGUAUUACCCUGUAACACUUGAUGUUCUUCACCAAAUAUUUUCUAAGUUUGGUGCUGUAUUGAAGAUAAUCACAUUUACAAAAAAUAACCAGUUUCAAGCUCUUCUCCAGUAUGGCGAUCCAGUAAAUGCUCAGCAAGCAAAACUAGCCCUAGAUGGUCAGAAUAUUUAUAAUGCUUGCUGUACCCUAAGGAUUGAUUUUUCCAAACUUGUGAAUUUGAAUGUAAAAUACAACAAUGAUAAAAGUAGGGAUUAUACUCGACCUGAUCUUCCAUCUGGGGAUGGACAACCUGCAUUGGACCCAGCUAUUGCUGCAGCAUUUGCCAAGGAGACAUCUCUCUUAGGGCUUCCUGUUGCAGCUGUUCCAGGAGCUCUGAGUCCUUUGGCUAUUCCAAAUGCUGCUGCAGCAGCUGCUGCAGCUGCUGCUGGCCGAGUGGGUAUGCCUGGAGUCUCAGCUGGUGGCAAUACAGUCCUGUUGGUUAGCAAUUUAAAUGAAGAGAUGGUUACGCCCCAAAGUCUGUUUACCCUCUUCGGUGUUUAUGGAGAUGUGCAGCGUGUGAAGAUUUUGUACAACAAGAAAGACAGUGCUCUAAUACAGAUGGCUGAUGGAAACCAAUCACAACUGGCCAUGAAUCAUCUUAAUGGACAGAAGAUGUAUGGGAAAAUUAUUCGUGUUACUCUGUCUAAACAUCAGACUGUACAACUACCUCGAGAGGGACUUGAUGAUCAAGGGCUAACAAAAGAUUUUGGUAAUUCCCCACUGCAUCGUUUCAAGAAACCUGGAUCCAAAAAUUUUCAGAACAUUUUUCCUCCUUCUGCAACCCUUCACCUAUCCAAUAUCCCUCCUUCAGUAGCAGAAGAGGAUCUACGAACACUGUUUGCUAACACUGGGGGCACUGUGAAAGCAUUUAAGUUUUUUCAAAGAGAUCACAAAAUGGCUCUUCUUCAGAUGGCAACAGUGGAAGAAGCUAUUCAGGCCUUGAUUGAUCUUCAUAAUUAUAACCUUGGUGAAAACCAUCAUCUGAGAGUGUCUUUCUCCAAGUCAACAAUUUAAAAAAGGGGAGAUGAAGAUUGGCGAUGAAUCACAUUGUUUGGUGUCAACACCUAUUGACUGUUCAGAAAAGUGGGGACCAGAGUUUGAUUUUUUUUUGUUGUUUUCUUUUUUCUUUUCUUUUUUCCCAUGCUGUUAUCAUUCCUUGGUUAUAAAAAGAAAUGGCAUAUGUAAAGGCAGAGUUAUUAACUGCUCUUUUUCAUCUGUUCUGUAGAGAAGCCAUUUUUAUUGUCUGUUUAAAAUUUUAAUUUUACUUUCCUUUUUCAACUUAGUUGACAUACGUGCCUUAAAAAGGAAAACUAGUGUUGCUAUUGUGCAUUUACUAGAAGAAAGGAAUUGGUUGUCUAGGGCACAUUGUUAAAUGGGAAUUAACAAUAUGUUUAGGCAGGGGUGUGUAAAAAGGGUUAAGUUUUUGUUUCUCCUGCUUGGAACUUAUUUUGAAUUAUUGGCUUGUCACAUUUCUUUCUAUUUAAUCAAAUAAGAUACAUAAUACUGAAAGAAUAAAGCAGCAUUUUUUUAGUUUUUACUACCUUAGGCUUUAUUGCUUUAAAAAAAAACAUUGGCCUUUUGUAUCUCACAAUUCUGGUCUAGAUUCAGUUAUGAAUGUAGGCAUUAGUUAAAAUUAACAAGAUGCAGAGUAUUAAUUUCUUAAGACAACAAAGUGAUUUCUGUAAGUUUGAGCCCUACGUGGAAAGCAUUGUGGAAUCUUAACCUUUUUGUACACACUCUUGUGGGACGUAUCAUAUAAAUGUCAGCACUAAGUAACGUCUUGUUUGUGGCUGAAUAUUUUUCGUAGAUGUUUUUGAAGUUGACAUGAUUUAUGUGCAUUUAAAUAUAUAUUGCCAUCCUUAGUUUGUAAUUAAGAUUUGGAAUACGGUUGUGGAUUUCUGAGCAUGUGCAGACUGGUCUAGCUAGUUCAGGAACUGGUGCAUGUAUUUUUCAAAGAUAAAAGAAAGUGUACUGCGAAAAUUUGCAGGAAGAUUAAUUUUGUGGCAGUUUUCUAAAACUGACAACCAGGUGGGACCAAAGUUUAUGUGCCUUUAGUCUUAAUUUACCUUGCAUUGUAAUAUUCAGUUUUAAUAAAUCUUCAAAAUAUUUUGUAUUUAGGAAUAGAUCUGACUUUGACUUUAAUAAAAACAUGGCUCAGAAUCUACAGGUCAAAUUAAUUUGAACAGUUCUUGUCAAUCUGAAUUGUUGAUUCUGUUUAAAUGACCAAUACUUUUUCAAAUUGAUGUACUUAGUUUCAAGGUUCAUAGAUUCUGUUAUCUAUGUAGACAGAAUGGUCAUGUAUAUUUUCUAUUAGUUGAGUUUUUACAUCUUUAGAAAUGUAAAAUUCAGUAUAGUUUGAAAGCGGCACAAUUAAAAAUUAAUUUUCUAACAAA